UCUCUGCACCCACUCAGCCAACUCCCCUGCCUCUCUGCAGUCUCACUGGAGUCAAGAGGGUGGUAAAAGUAUUUGGCAAUUUGUCACACACAGCACAAGCCAUACAGUGCCUGAUUACAUUUUCAAUUUGUUUGUCCAUACCUAGCCACCAGAAACUUUCUCUGAUUUGCCUUUUAGUCAAGAUCAUGCCCAGGUGAACUUUGUGGGCAAUGUUGAUCACUUCUGCUUGUAAGGAGGUUGGCCCCACCAAACAAUCAGUCCUCUGCUCCAGCUCUUUGAGAAGGGACAGCUCACUCACUACGUGCAUUAAUGGUUGAACAUGUUCAGAUACCACUUGGAUAUUGAUAUGUAAAACAACAUGGCUAAAGUUGACACCUAUCACUCCUGCCCUGCUGUGCACAGACUGUCUGUGAAGACCAUUGAUGAUGACACUGAUCAACUUGAAAAUGGAUUUACCGGGACCCACUCGCUGUGUGAGGAGGACACGUCUUCAGAAUUGCACAGAGUCAUUUCCAUGGAGACAGGCGGCCUGUCUGAAUCCCAAAGGAGCUCAUUCGCAGGCAGUGGAGCCAUGGCUAGGUUAUCACGGUUCAUCUUAUCACUGCGAUCCUGGGCCAGGAGGCACUUGCAUCAUGAAGACCAAAGACCAGAUUCUUUCCUUGAGCGUAUCCGAGGGCCGGAGCUCAAAGACGUUUCCAGUAGAGACAGCAAUGCUCAGUCCAACUAUGAAGACACAGGCAGGCUGAAAAAAAAGAAGGAAGACAAGAAAGAGGUUAAGGAGGAGAAAAAGGAGGAGGAAAAGAAAGAGGAGAAAAAGGAGGAGGAAAAGAAAGAGGAGAAAAAAGAGGAGAAAAAGGAGGAAAAGAAAGAGGAAAAGAAAGAUGACAAAAAAGAUGACAAGAAGAAGGAAGAAGAGAAAAAGAAAGAUAUCUUUGUGAUGGAUCCUUCCAGUGAGCUGUACUACAGGUGGCUAACAAUAAUUGCAACACCCGUAUUCUAUAACUGGUGUUUGCUAGUGUGUAGAGCCUGUUUUGAUGAGCUUCAAAUGAAACACAUUACACUAUGGCUGAUCUUGGACUAUUCCUCUGAUCUUAUUUAUGUUGUGGACACAUUGGUCAGAUUUAGGACAGGUUUCCUUGAACAAGGACUAUUAGUUCGAGAUGAAAAGAAACUAAGACUAAACUAUCAAACAACGUCACAGUUCAAACUGGAUUUGCUGUCUCUUUUCCCAACAGAUCUGGGUUUUUUAAAAUUUGGAUUGAACUAUCCUGAGCUGCGGUUUAACCGCUUGCUGAGGCUUGCCAGGCUAUUUGAGUUUUUUGACCGUACAGAAACAAGAACCAACUACCCAAACAUGUUUCGUAUUGGGAACCUUGUCUUGUAUAUUCUUAUCAUUAUCCACUGGAAUGCAUGUAUAUACUUUGCUAUUUCGAAGCAGAUUGGAUUUGGAACAGACACAUGGGUCUAUCCCAACCUAUCCCAUCCAGAACACGGACGUCUAGCCAGAAAAUAUAUUUAUUGCUUAUAUUGGUCAACAUUGACCCUAACAACUAUCGGAGAAACUCCACCUCCAGUGAAAGAUGGAGAAUAUCUGUUUGUGGUCAUUGACUUUCUUGUGGGUGUACUCAUUUUUGCUACCAUUGUUGGUAAUGUAGGCUCUAUGAUUUCAAAUAUGAAUGCUUCAAGAGCAGAAUUCCAGGCCAAAGUUGAUUCUAUCAAACAAUACCUGCAAUUCCGAAAGGUCACUAAAGACUUGGAAGCAAGGGUUAUUAAAUGGUUUGAUUACCUGUGGACCAACAAGAAAACUGUGGAAGAGAAAGAAGUUCUUAAGUAUCUUCCUGACAAACUGAAGGCUGAAAUUGCCAUAAAUGUCCACUUGGACACACUAAGGAAAGUGCGUAUCUUCCAGGAUUGUGAAGCUGGGCUCCUUAUUGAGUUGGUGUUGAAGCUAAGGCCUACAGUCUUCAGUCCUGGGGAUUAUAUUUGUAAGAAAGGUGAUAUUGGGAGAGAAAUGUAUAUUAUCAAAGAAGGGAAAUUGGCUGUUGUGGCUGAUGAUGGCGUGACACAGUUUGUGGUCCUAAGUGAUGGCAGUUACUUUGGUGAAAUCAGCAUCUUAAAUAUCAAGGGCAGCAAAUCUGGUAACAGGAGAACAGCCAACAUCAGGAGCAUAGGGUAUUCUGAUCUGUUUUGUUUGUCUAAGGAUGACCUGAUGGAAGCUCUCACAGAGUAUCCAGAUGCCAAAAAGGCACUGGAAGAGAAAGGGCGGCAAAUUUUGAUGAAAGACAACUUAAUUGACGAGGAAGCAGCAAAAGCAGGGGCUGAUCCCAAAGACUUGGAAGAAAAAAUAGACAAACUUGAGAUGGCUCUAGACACUCUCCAGACCCGGUUUGCUAGACUUUUAGCAGAAUUCACUGCUUCUCAAUCCAAAGUUAAGCAGAGAAUUGCAAAAGUGGAGACCAAAGUGAAGAAAUAUGGAAGUGGUAGCUUGUCGGAUGUGGGAGAUGAAGCUGAAAAGCCAGAGGAACAGAAAAAGAAUUAAUCAUGUUGUCUUCAUUCAGCACAGACUAUUGCAUCCCAAAAUAUAUUUACAUGUGGAAAUAUGUACACAUGGUUAUUUUUAUAUGGGCCACAAGGGAUGAGUUUAUAGAGUUUUUAACUGAAGCAAUUAUCUUCUAAAUAGGAAAUUCUUACGUUUGAUAUUUUUAGAAAGAUAUGUUCAUUUUGUACUGGUAUGUUUUCUUAUGAGUUAUGAUCAGAUCUCCUUGAUGGUAGCUUUGUAGGUCUGACCACAUUUGUUGUCACUUUCCACCAUGUAUUUGGUGCUUUGUGUAAACUAAUAGUGAGUGGAUUGAUGCAACAGAUCCAUAUAUAUGUAUCUAACAAUGCUACUUGCACAUACACUACCUUGAAAUCUUAGGAGCCUCCCAAUGAAUAUAAUUUGUGAGCUGUCACAGUAGUUCAUUCUGCUGACUUUAAAAGAACUAGUUUUUCUUUUUAAAAGAAUCUAUGGAGUACUUGCAGACGAUUGCACUGUGAAAUGAAGUAUCUAUGUACUUACAUGACA